UACCCAAGAAUCAGUUGGUUAGCGAGUGCGCAAAAUACUAUCAGUUAUUUGGGGUAGCUCACAUUGCCUCCACCGACACAAAUCUAUCUAACGAAGGCUUCAUCUCAUCCCAAACCCAGUACGACAUUCGCAGGAAUAAAAUGGCGAUACGAUUCCAUGCCCCCGUCCCGCAGUCUACUACUACCACCCCUGUGUGUUUUGUUAUGGACAGCAGUGUGGUGGCAGAGGAGGUAACCGGAGAACUCAUCAACAGAGGCGAUGCGGGGGAAGUUGAAACCGGAGAACCCAUGACUCGCUUUGUUGAGGCUGCUGACAAGCUGACAAUACAGUCUUCUAUGCUUAACCACGGCUGGUUCACCACAGCGUUUUGCGCCAAAGCCAUCAACAGAGGAAACGCUUAUCUCAUGAAAUCGAGCUCCAUCCUGCAGACCUCCCAGUCUUUUAAGGUCAACGGUCUCAUUGAUCCUUCUCAACCAGAACUAAAUGUGCCUUAUAACAUCAACGUCACUUCCGGUAUCACCUUCAUUCCUUGAACAGUUCCGUAUACAGUAAAGAACAAGUCAAGAAUGUCUAACCACCAAAUUCUGUUAAACCCGGUGAUUUUGUAAAGUUUUGAUUUCUAUUCAAAUAAAAGACAAUAAAAUGUUGCAAAGUAA